AACAGUUCGUGUCUGGUUGAAGAGAGACAGCGGGCAGUACUGGCCCAGCAUAUACCAUGCAAUGCCAUCUCCAUGUUCAUGCAUGUCUUUUAACCCGGAAACCAGAAGGCUGUCCAUAGGUCUAGACAAUGGUACAAUCUCAGAAUUCAUUUUAUCAGAAGAUUACAACAAGAUGACACUAGUGAAAAGUUACCAGGCUCAUCAAAGCAGAGUCAUGAUGAUUCUGUUUGUCCUGGAGAUGGAGUGGGUGUUAAGCACUGGACAAGACAAACACUUCACAUGGCACUGUUCGGAGAGUGGCCAGCGGCUGGGGGGGGGGCGCCCCCCGGCCCGGGGGUACCGCACCAGCGCCGGCGCCUGUGGCCUGCAAUUUGAUGUGGAAACCCGGCAUGUGUUUGUUGGUGAUCAUUCUGGGCAAGUGACCAUACUCAAGCUAGAGCAAGAGUCCUGCAGCCUCGUUACAACAUUUAAGGGUCACACAGGUGGUGUCACUGCUCUCUGUUGGGACCCAAUACAGCGAGUUUUAUUCUCAGGCAGUUCUGAUCAUUCCAUUAUAAUGUGGGAUAUUGGAGGAAGAAAAGGAACAGCCAUCGAGCUGCAAGGACAUAAUGAUAAAGUUCAGUCUCUCUCCUAUGCUCACCACACUCGGCAGCUCAUCUCCUGUGGUGCAGAUGGGGGAAUCGUCGUUUGGAACAUGGAUGUUGAGAGGCAGGAGACCCCCGAGUGGCUAGAUAGUGACUCCUGUCAAAAAUGUGACCAGCCUUUCUUCUGGAACUUCAAGCAAAUGUGGGACAGUAAGAAAAUAGGCCUCAGGCAGCAUCACUGCCGGAAGUGUGGGAAAGCCGUGUGCGGCAAGUGCAGCUCCAAGCGCUCCUCCAUCCCGCUGAUGGGGUUUGAGUUCGAAGUGAGGGUCUGCGACAGCUGCCACGAGUCCAUAACGGAUGAAGAGCGGGCGCCCACUGCUACUUUCCACGACAGUAAGCACAACAUCGUUCACGUACAUUUUGAUGCCACCAGGGGAUGGCUGUUGACCUCAGGGACAGACAAGAUUAUUAAGUUGUGGGAUAUGACACCAGUAGUGUCUUGAUGGUACAUCAGUGGAACUUGAAAGGUGGUAUUUACAGAAGAAACAGUUUUCCUAACCCUAUCAUACUGCAGAAGAUAGAUAACGCUGGGUGCAUACGGCAGAUGAGAAAGGAACUAAUGCGUUUACAACGAUUUUACAUCCUCUGCUUGAUCAAGGCUGAGCAUUUGCACGAAGACUCUUUCCACUUAUUCUCAAAAUACACAAGAAGGUAUUUUUUUAACUAACAGUUUGUACAAUCUGACUUUGGUUGUCUUGAGUUUGUUUGGGGAAUCCAUGCGUGGUGCAAUUUUUAGUUUUUAUAUUUCACUAUGUCAAGAUACUUGCUGCUUUGUAUGGAGGGUUCUUG